CAGAGAGAGAGGAGGAGACUGGAGCACCGAGGAUUCACAGCAACACGCCGAGAGGAAAACAGUCACUCACCAAAGAGGAGACAGAUCAGGACGGAGCAUCUUCUUCUGCAGCGACAGACUCUGCAGAGAUGGAAGUCACCUCUCGCCCUCAGUUGUUGGUCUGUGUGUACCUGGCGGCCGUGCUGAUUGGCGGAGCCCACUCCGAGGGGUUGUGUCUUCAAGACGGCAAACACAAGGCGUCCCCGGGCCCGGAGCCCCACCUGAGGGACUGCGCCCUGUACGCCGACAACAGCUGCUGCACGGAGGACAACAUCCAGGACGUCUCCCACGUCCCCUCCGCCAGCAACGAGAACCAACCCUGGGACAAGUGCGGGCCCCUGAGCUCCGAGUGUGAAGGUUUCCUGAAGCGAGUGUCCUGUUUUUACCGCUGCUCCCCCGACGCCGCCCGCUGGCCUCACCCCCACCGCCGCUCGUACAUCCAGGCCGUGCCGCUCUGCCACAGCUUCUGUCGUGAUUGGUUUGACGCCUGCAGGAUGGACAUGACCUGCGCUCGUAACUGGGCCAGAGACCCCCGGGGACAGAACUGCACUGGAUCCUGUGUCCAGUAUCAGCAGAUGUACCAGCACGGCAGGGACCUGUGUGAGAGCCUGUGGGGAGACGCCUUCAUGGCGGUGGAGGACGACCCAGAGGACGUGGGAGAGGCCGGAGACGUGGGGACGGAGGGGGACGGAGGUCGCCCCUGCGGCUGCCUGACCCUCAGCCCGUCGGACAAGGACGUGAUCGCCGCCCUCAGGGCUCAGCGGGACGACCCCGAGGAGCUGGACACCACCAAGACGGGCCUGCCCCAGUACCGCGCCCCCUGCCAGACCAAGCUGCCACUGCAGGCCAGGGGCGGCAGGAAGGGGAACUCCGUGCUGCGUAAGCGCUCGCUGGUGGUGGACGACGUGGAGGGCAGCGGCAGCGGCUUGUAGAGAGAGAGAGAGAGAGAGAGAGAGAAGGGAACACGUUUAGAUUUACAUGUCUAGAUCCUAAUGUCAGAAACCUCUUGAGAGGGAGUCGUCAUUAACUCGCUCCUGUAAUUAACCUUACGACACAAACCUGAGCUCCCAUUCUCAUGAUCAUAUAAUCCAUAAUGGUUUUAAAUAGUUCUGUGUGAGGCAGAGGAGAAACACGUCGUCUCCGGUUCUAUAGAACAGCCUCAGCAGAAAAGAGUAAAGAGUAAACUGUGGUGUUUGUGUGAGGGCUCGGGCUCCGGUCACAUGACUCGGUGUCAAGUGAUGUUUGCACAAAUUAUCUUAAAGGUGUUUUUUUUAAAUCGAAGUUAGUCUUUUAUUUGCGUCGUAUGUCUCAAGGCUCCGGUUUGAGGUUUGUGGAGUUUUGCUGCAUGAAGUUUAAACAUGUGGAGUUUCUGACGUCAUGAGGAGGCUCCUCCCCGCGGUCACAUGACUUUAAUCUGAGUGUUAGUUAACCAGGUAACUUCAGGGUCACGCCCUCAGCCACGCCCCUAAUCACCGGCCCACAUGGGACCAAUCAACCAAUCACGCUUCGCUUGUCUCGGUAUCUCCAACCCAACCUUUACCUUCCCUGGAGAAAGUUGAAAAAGAAACUCCAUCCACAUUCUAUUCUUCCUUCACCCCUCAUCCCUUCAUCCAUCUUUUCAUCUCUCAUCUCAUCAUCCUCCUUCCCUCAUGUCUUCAUCCUCCUUCCCUCAUCUCAUCAUCCUCCUUCCCUCAUCCCAAUCAUCAUCCUUUCAUCCUCCUUCCAUUCGUCCUUCCCUCAUCCCUACAUUCAUCUCUUCACCCUCAUCUCUUCAUCCUCAUCUCUUCACCCUCAUCUCUCAUCCUUUCAUCCCCUUUCCUUCAUCCUUUCUUCUUCUCUUCCCUCAUCCCUUCAUCCCUUCAUCCCUCAUCCUCCUUCCCUCAUCUCUUCACCCUCAUCUCUUCCCUCAUCCCUUCAUCCCUUCAUCCAUCAUCCGCCUUCCCUCAUCCCAAUCAUCAUCCUUUCAUCAUCCUACCAUUCCUUCUUCCCUCAUCUCUUCACCCUCAUCUCUUCAUCCUCAUCUCUUCAUCCUCAUUCCCUCCUCCCGAGACUCCUCUUCCCCUCGACCCCUUCACUCGACAUCCAGUCAUUUCUCCUCUUCAUCCAAAAUCAAUGUCCAUUCAAACCCUGGAGUCACAUGUUGUCGGGUGGAGGUUGUUGCCAGAGAAUCGAAUGCUGAUGUAACUGUUGUGAUGAUGAUGAUGAUGAUGAUGAUGAUGAAUGUAACUGAGGCCGAUGAAGAUGAUGGAUGACACACCUGAUACCUGAGGGGAGGUUUUCAUGCUCAGAAACACACACACACAACAAAGCUUUGGAUCAUCAGUGCACGGUGGAUGUUCCUUUUAUAACCACGUGGUGUAUUUCUAGAGUGAGGCACUGUUAGAUGUAAAUGUUUUGUAAAAAUAAAACAAAGGAUACUGAUUCAUGUGAUUUAUGGUGAAGCUGAUGAAAUUGAUGGUUCUGUGCUUUUCUUUCUCAAUAAAGACAAAAUUUCGAAAUGUC